AUGGCAGCAGUGGUUCCCCUUCUCUCAUUCUUUUCUCGCUUCUCCCUCCCCCUUCCACCCCACCACCCUCAACUCCUUUUCUACGUCACUGAAUGUGCGGCCACUGAUAUUUGCCGUGCAGACGCCACCUUUGCCUGCUGCUGCUGGGCAUUGAUCCAGUACUUCACGAUCGGAAUGUGCGGCUGCCUCUACUCUAAAGGCUUCCGUGGCAUGCUGAGGGAUAAGUAUGGACUGCCCAGCAGACCCUGCAUGGACGCUGCACUACACCUCUUCUGCCCUUGCUGUGCCUUUGCUCAGGAGUACCGAGAACUCAAAGCCAGGGGUUGGGACCCACGUCUAGGUAUCAACUUCUCGACUGCUGUCCGAAAGAGUGACGCUGAUGGCUCCCCUAUUGUCGAACCGCUCCAAAUCACCACAAUUCCAAGGUUCCCUACCAACGUUGCUGCUAGCAGCGACGGAGGAAGCAUCCGGUACGAUGUUAAGGUCUUGACCUUUGACGGCAUAAUCAGGGAUAAGGAUCUUUCUAAUGCUGGAGACAUCAUCACACCAGGACCACCUCCAUCGUCCUGUCAUCUGCAUGCUUCAUCUCUGUCAGGCGCUGGUGUUCAUCCUUCUUCAGUAAAUAUAUCGGGUGUUGUCAAACCUUACUCGUCUGAGAAUCAUGGACGUCAUGUGAAUCACGCAAGGCGGAAGGCAAUUCUAAGAGGAAAUGGUCGUGCUGGCUUUCUGGUCGUUGCUAAUGACCGUGAUGAGGAACGAAACAUGGCUACUGAUCCUAUAUGCUUCUCCGAGUCAUCACCUAAACAAGGACCUUCACUUCCUCUCUUUAAAAGCGGCCAGUUGUCUGACACGUGGCUUAAUUCCGGAGAACUGCAGAAAGACGACCUCCUUCAGCCAGGAGGGGAAAUGAUUGCAGAUGGAAGAAAGGUCCAAUUUCAGCAGCAGGAGAACAACUGGCAGUAUUGUGGUCAUUCUUUACUGCCUUACUCAAAGCAUCACCAACCCUCUGGUUGGCCUGCAAGUAACUUCCCUUCGAAUGAGAGCUCUUCAUCCCAACCUCAUGAGCAUACAGCACAGGAUAUGCUGUCCUGCACUGCUUCCCUUGACUCUGCUCAACUUGCUGCUCAAGGAAAGUCUCUUUUUCAUUUUUUAGAGGACAAAUCUGCUGCUUAUGCUGGAAUUGAAAGCAGCCUCCCCGAGCACCAGGUGGACCAGGCAGCACCACAGUAUGGUGCACAGCUGGCAUUGGAGCGAGUUAGCUCGGUCCCUGUUCCGCUCCUUCAAGAAGGCUUCCACGGACAUGCUUUUGAGGACUUUGAUGAUGGGUUUGCUGCAGGUUUAUGGUCCAGCCACCCUCAGCAGGGAAUCUUAAUGGAUUCUAUGCAGGUUGAUGGAAGUCAGAAUGAAGCUGGUCACGAAUUGGAGUUGUUAGCUAUUGCUGCUCUACCUGGGUCCAGCUAUACGGCUAUGAUGACAGGAGAAAAGGACAUUCGGGAUGCUGAUCGUACUCAUUUGGGAGCGCAAUUACCACCGUUUGAUGGCAAGAGCAGUGUUGCUGAAGGUGGUGGUGAUGAUGACGACCCGAAGAAGACUGAAGCGGAGCCCGAAGCCAAGUCUGUACCGAAUAUGUCGUUCAUUCUUGAGGCUGCACAAGAGUUACUGAUGGAGGUCUGCCGCUGCCCGACACCAUCUCGCAAGUGGAGACGAAGGCACGAUGGCAGCAGCUUCGGAGAUGGUACCGGUCAAAGGCCAUCACCAGUGUCAUCGUCUGUCUGUGGUGUGAGUGGUCAAGGACAGCUGCAGACUAUCCCUAUCGGUGGUACCAGAGAGCAGGCACAAAGGCUUCGAGCCCUCCUUGUGGAUGUGGAGAAGUCAUAUGGAAAGUACAAGGAGCAGAAUACAGCCUUAGCUGCUGCAUUUGAUGCUGCCACUGGCACAGAUGGAACAUUAGCAGCACGGAAUGGCACUGCUUCUGCAGCCCCUGAUGGCGAGGGUGCUGCACCAGCUGCUGCAGGAACUACUGCUGCUGGUGGUGGCUUGCGCUUCGAGGGCUUUGACAUUGGUCGUGUGUUGGACAAUGGAGCACCGCUUGUGGCAUCAGCUGGCAAGGAAUAUGAUAUUGCAGCAGUUGGGCGAGGGGGGAAGGAGGCGAUUGCCAAGCAAAAGCAAUCCCUACGACGGAGACUAGGUCUGGACGAGUGUGAGCGAUUCAUGGAUGUAAGCGAUAUCAUUAGAGACGAGGAUCUGGAAGCACCAGCGCAAGCAGCAGCACCACCAGCAACUGGUUCAUCAAACCCCGCUGCAGUAGCUGUUGGCAAGCAGAAGCAGAAGCGAGAAGCUACAGCUGGAAUCAAGCGUGGUGCGCAGGAUCUGAUGGCUGAGAUGCUGCCAAGUGGCACCAGUCCGGGGGUCGGUGAUGGUGGCAGUUCUGCUGGUAGUGUAUCACCCGCAUUGUCGAAGUCCCUUAGCGCAAGGGAGAGAAACAUGCUGAAGCGGAAGGCAAAGAGCAUGAGCAAGGACGGGGGGAAGAGAGGAGGGGCACAUGGUGGGGUGGGGGAGGUGGAUGAGGAUGAGGAUGGAGGGGAAGGGGAGCGGGGAGGCAGGAAAAAGAUGCGGACAAAGAGUGUGGUUUCAGAUGGGAAAGAGGACAAUAAGAUCACAGUAGAACAGGUGGCAGCAGAGGGGGAUGACUGGGAGGAAGAGGAGGAGGAGGAGGGGGAGUGGCCCUUGCAGGCUCUGUGUGAACAACUGCUCACAGACAUGUUUCACCCAGUGUGGGAGGUACGUCACGGCAGUAUUCUUGCCCUCAGGGAGGUUAUGUCUGCGCAUGGGAACAGCGCUGCAGUUUGCCGCCCAAUAGUUCUUUCUAAGUGGGCCAGUGCCAGUGGGGCUGAGGAGGUAGAAGAUGGGAAGGGGAAGAUGGAGCUGGAAGUGGUGAAGGAGGAGGAUGAUGGCAAGACUGUACCAGAAAUGAGAGAGCUGGACGUGGCUUUGGUCAAGGCGCCGGUGGUGAGGUCGGAAACGGAGGAAGAAGGGGUUAACAAGGAAACUGAGGGAGUGCAUCAUUGGGGUAUCAGAAAAGAAGAACGCGGGGAGGGGGAAGGACUGGAGGAUGUGAAGCAGGAAGUAAAAGAAGAGGAGUUUGUGAGUAAGCCAUUGGUAGCUGUGAAGAGGGAAAUUGAGGCGGAGACUUAUCCAAAGGCAGAGGUGAAAGAGGAGGCGAAAGGUGAAGAGGACGGUAUGAAAACGAGAGCAAAGGAGGAAGUGAAAGUAGAGGUUGAGAUGGGAGUAAUCGAGGGGCGACUGGAGGGAGUCAAGAGGGAGGCGAAGGCAGAGACGAAGGGAGGGAGUGGUGGCUGGCUAGGCCUCUCUAUGGGCUCUGAGACGCCUAAAGAAAGCAAUGGAGAGUCCGCAUCUGGGGGCAAGCUUGCUGCUACUGCUGGGGUGUGUGUGAAGGAGGAGGCAGGAGAAGGGGGCGGGAAGGGGGAGGAGGAUAACCGAGCUGAACGAUCUGGAUUUGACUUGAACGAGUUGCUGGUCUGUAAAGUGGAGGCCACUGAAGCGAGUGUGGUGAAUCGAGAGGGCGUCAUUAACCAAAAUUCUGGAGGGAGGGCGCGUAUGGGCUUGGACUUACAUCUUUCUGAUGGCAUGCAAUCAGAAGAGAUGGGAGAGGGUUCGGUACGAAAUUUGGAGAAUGAAGGGAGUAUUGAGGGGAGUAAGGUAGAAGCCAGCACGGUUAGGAGUGAAGAGAAGAGCAAGCGUGAGGAAAGUGAGAAAGCUGUGGGAAAGGGGUUGGAUUUGAACAUGGAAGUUUCCGAGGAAGCAAAUGAGGGGAAACCUGUGGAUGAGGGGGAAGUGGCAGAGGAGAAGAAUGGAGAAGAGAAGGAGAGUGCGCUGGUGGUAGCACAACCUGUGAGGGCGGCGGAGAGAGGUGCAAUGCCGACAAUGGAAUCUGCAAGGAAGGCACAGUUAGCUAUAGAAGCUGCCAGGAAGGCACAGGCGGAUAAUGAGCUGUUGGAAGACUUUGUGUCGGACCAGGUGGUGGCACCAGUGCGGGAGGCGUGUGGACAGGCGCUGGGAGUGGUGCUCAAAUACCUGCCCUCCAGGGCCGUUGCCCGCACACUUGAUGUGCUGCUGCAAAUGCAGAACCGAUCAGAGUGGGAAGUGCGGCACGGUGCCCUGCUUGGCAUCAAGUAUCUUAUAGCAGUGCGCCAGGAGCUACUGCCCUCCCUGCUGCCCUCGCUCCUCCCUGCCUGCAUCCGCGCGCUGCAAGACUCAGAUGAUGAUGUGAGAGCUGUGGCAGCAGAGGCGCUGCUGCCAGCUGCUAAGACUGUGGGGGAGGGCGUGGACGAAAGUGAUUUGAGGCAGCUGAUGCGGCUGCUGUGGGGUAUUCUAUCAGAACUAGAUGACCUCAGUCCGUCCACUAGCAGUGUCAUGACCCUCCUUGCUGCGCUACAUGCCCUUCCUCGAGUUGCUGCCCUCUGGUCCGUUUCUCCAUCUGUUGGUGCUUCUGCUGAUGCUAAGCCUGCUGCUGCUGCUGCUGGUAUGCCUGUUGCUGUGUCUGUUGGUGGAGAAGCGGAGGGCGAUGAGGAGUUGGGGGAAGAUGAUGACCUCGACGACAAGGAAGAGGAGGAAAAUCUAGCUUUAGAUGGGAGCCAACCAAAGCACAACAAAGAUGCUGCUGCCGGUGCUGCUGCUGUCGGUGCUGGAAGGGACUCUUUGCCGCCCUUAGUGGUUCUCGUCCGUCGAUUAUGGCCGUUGAUGCGUCACACUAUCUCAGCUGUCCGACUUGCUGCUGUUUCUACUCUCGAGAGGCUCCUCCAAUCCAAUGGCACCUCGUCAGCAGAUUCCAGCUCAGCAUCACCCUGGGUGGCUGACGUGUUACAGGACGCCCUGGCAUGUAUUCUCCGCAAUCUGAUUCUGGAGACCCACCCCACGGCUCUUGCUGUCUCCCGCCGUGUCUGGCCUCUGCUCUUGCGACAGGUACCCCCCUCCAGGGUUGCAUCCCUCACUCGCCCCUUCAUUCACCACUGGUGCCAGCUCAUCGCCACACCGCCUGGUGGCUCCCUUAACACCUCCCUCCUCUUUGCCACAUCGUCACCGGCAGCUCAAGGGACAGCCGGCAGAGGCAUGGGGACUGAGGGACGGGGGAGGGGAAGGGGUAGAGGGGGAAGGGGAAAGGGCAAGGGGAAAGAAUCAGAAGGUGUGGGAAGCUCUGCCGCUACUGGGAGUGCGAUGGGGAGCGGUGGUAAUGGGGUGGUGGUGGUAGGGGCGGAUGGGGAGAGUGCAGCUGUGCGUAUGAGAGUGGACACAAGUCAAGCCAUGGGGCUGCUGCUCUCCUUCUGGCCUGUUGACCAACUAGAAGGCGGAGUAGCCCCGUUGAUAUCCCUUCUGGGGUCCGUGGCUGCCACACAGAAGCAGGUUGGUGCUUUGAUCGUUGCUGCUUGGUUCAGGGAGCUUGAGAGACGGGAGGUGGGGGAAUUGAAGGAGGAUAAAUCGGACAGGCAGGAAGCAUUGCAAAAGCCGAAUCAACAGCAGCAGCAUGCGUUUGCCUUUGGCUCUCUCCCGGGUCUCUCUUUGGUACGACCAUCUCCCCCUGUUGCAAAACUGCUGACCCAUUUGAUGGCUCUCCUCUCUUCUCCUGAUGCUGGCCAAAGCUACGAAGAGCUCUCACGAACCUACAACAAGCUCCGAGCCGAAGCUAGUGCUUUGAUCAGCCAUGCCAAAGCUGUAGGGUUAGCACCAGACAUGAUUAGUUCGGCGCUUACACGAGCCGGCUGUGUUGGCUCGGCAGUUGCUCUAGAUAGCAGUACAGCAGGAGAAGCGAGAGGAACGGUCGGAACGAAAGGAGCAGUUGUGGAAGGACGAGGAAGGGAGGAGACUCAAUUUGACAGACUGAGUCCUGAGGGCGCUUUAGAACUGGCAGGGGCUUUGGCUGGGCUGGCUGGGACAGAGACAGGGGAGGUGGAGAACAGGGAUGCACCUGGUGGUGUGGCUGGUGUAGUUGGGGGAGGGAGAGGGGAAGGAGUUGGAAGGGGAAGGGGAAGAGGAAGAGGCAGGGGAAGGGGAGGGAGUGAGGGAGGGAGAGGGGCUGAGAGGAAACAGGAGCCGCAGCAACAGCAAGGCAUGGGUGAUUUGAUGGAAGGCUGUAGGCGGAGAUUGCUCUCUACUGCCACAUACCUUAAAACUGUUCAGGCCAACAUGCACACAUCCGUCACAGCAACAGUGGCGGCAGCAGCAGUGCGAGUUGCCCCAAGUUUGCCUACCAAGCUGAACCCCAUCAUACAACCACUCAUGGCCGCACUCAAACGAGAAAGGGAGGAGCUUCUGCAGCAGUGUGUAGCGAGCGGCCUCGCAACCGUGAUUCUGCGCUCCUUGGACCGGCGCCCUUCCCCCAACGACAGGCUUCUCAAGAAUCUAUCUACACUCGCCUGCUCCGACCCCUCUCAGUGCCCACCACCCUCUGAUGCCAAUUGGGAGGCGGAUGACCCCCUGGAUCCCACCCUCGCCAUGCCUGCUGCAGCUGGAGCCGGGGGACCGGCUUCAAAAGUAGCAGCUGGUGUGAUUGUAAAAGGGGAAGGGGUAGCAGGGUCGCUGGAAGCCAUGAUUGGCCGCAGAGGAGCCGAGCUGUCUUUUAGAGCGUUGGCGGACAGCCUUGGCCCAGACCUAUUUACAAAGCUGCCGAAGCUGUGGGGUCUCCUCACUGAGGUCUGGAAGCCCAGAGAGUCAGAGGGAGGUGGUAGCACAGGGAAGUGCGAUGAGGGAGAACUGUUCAAAGCAGAUCCACUGGCACUAGUCAUCGCCUUUCAACUCAUUCGGUGCCUAGCCCUUGUCCUCCACACGUCCCUAAUUCCUCAACUGCUCCUCCUCCUUCCACCAGUUCUCUGUUGCACUCGCCAUCCCCAUGCUGCUGUCCGAUUCGCCUCAGCCCAGUGCCUUGCAGCACUUGUGUCUCUUCCGUCCGCAGAGCAAACUGUUCUCUCCGCCAUUCUCACUCAUGUCAUUCCUCAGCUCACCAACACACUCUCCGAACCUGCCCGUCGCGGUGCAGCAAGUGUUGUUUCCUCGUUAGUCAACACCCAAGGCGAGAUGCUAGCACCAUACGCUGCACUCCUAGUCGUUCCCCUCCUAGCUCGGAUGUCCGACCCUAGUCCACAGGUGCGGCAGCUGGUCACACAGAGCUUUGCCAGGCUCGUACCUCUACUGCCGCUGGCUCGAGGGCUGCCUUUACCAGCGUUUCUGGACAAGGAAGGUGCGAGGAAGGCCCGGGAGGAUGCCCGGUUCCUGGAGCAGCUUUUGGAUAAUCGCAAGGCGGAUGAUUACCAGCUGCAAGUGAAGCUGUCGGUAACCCUGAGAAGGUAUCAGCAGGAGGGCGUGAACUGGUUGGCGUUUCUGCGCCGAUUCCACCUGCAUGGGGUGCUGUGCGACGACAUGGGGCUGGGCAAGACCCUCCAGGCCUCCUCCAUGCUCGCCUCAGACACAAUCGAGCGCCAAGCUGCUGCCCGUGCAGCUGCUAGCGGGGCGACUACUGCUGGUGAUCGUGCUGCACCUGGUGCUUCUGGAUUCGGAGUUGCGUCACCGCCUCUCCUCCCGUCUCUCAUCGUUUGCCCACCCACGCUUGUCGCUCACUGGGUCUACGAGAUCGAGAAGUACAUUCCUCCUGGGAUAUUCUUCCCACUGCAGUACGCAGGCAGCGUUGCCGACCGGCAAAGGAUGCGGGGGCAGCUGAGAAAGCACAACCUGGUGGUAACCUCGUACGAGGUGUUACGAAGCGACAUCGAUGAGCUGGCAGCGAUCACGUGGCGGUACUGUGUGCUGGACGAGGGGCAUCUGAUCAAGGGCGCCAAGACUCGGCUGUCGCAGGCGGUGAGGCGGAUCAAGGCGGAGCAUCGGCUGCUGCUGACAGGCACUCCCAUUCAGAACAACGUCCUGGAGCUGUGGGCGCUCUUUGACUUCCUCAUGCCAGGAUUCCUAGGGACUGAGAAACAGUUCCAGGCGCGGUAUGGCAAGCCUCUACAGGCUGCACGAGACCCCAAGUGCACUGCCAAGCAAGCAGAGGCAGGCGCUCUGGCCAUGGAGGCCCUUCACCGCCAGGUGAUGCCAUUCAUUCUGCGCCGCACCAAAGAGCAGGUGCUCUCAGACCUGCCGCCCAAAAUCAUCACCGACAGAUACUGCCAGCUCAGCACGCUGCAGCGACUACUGUACGCUGACUUCUCAAAGUCCCAUGCGUCAGAGGAGGUGGUGACAGCAGUAACGGCGGCAGGCGGGGGAGCAGAGGGAGGGGGCGGGGAGCAAGCUUCAACCCAUGUGUUCCAAGCGCUGCAGUAUCUGAGGAAGCUGUGCAGCCAUCCGUUACUGGUGCUGGACCCCUCCCAUCCCCGCCACGCAGCUGCUCUCGCAGCAGUAGGGGCCACGGGGGCAGCAGCAGAAGCCGGGCAGAGAGGAGGCAGCAGCAGUGGUGCUAGCAGCAGUGGAGGGGAUGGUGUUGGGGACGUACAUGACAUAGUGCACGCACCCAAGUUGGUUGCUCUGAGAGAUAUUCUGCUGGAGUGUGGGAUAGGAGGAGGGGGGGAGGGUAAGAGUGGAGGGGAUGUGGGAGGUGAGGCCAGCGAGGGCAAUCACCGUGUGCUCGUGUUCGCCCAGCUUAAGUCAUUCCUUGAUAUUGUGGAGGAGGACCUCUUCAAGAAACACAUGCCUGGUGUGUCCUAUCUGCGCAUUGACGGGUCGGUGGAGCCAUCGCGGCGCUUUGACCUGGUCAAGGCCUUCAACUCGGACCCAACGAUCGAUGUGCUGCUCCUCACAACCCACGUUGGUGGCUUGGGGCUGAACCUAACAGCAGCGGACACAGUGGUGUUCCUGGAGCAUGACUGGAACCCAAUGCGGGAUCUGCAGGCCAUGGAUCGAGCCCAUCGCCUGGGGCAGAGGCGGACGGUGAACGUGCACAGAGUGAUAAUGGCGGGCACGCUGGAGGAGAAGGUCAUGGGGCUGCAGCGCUUCAAGCUCUCCAUAGCCAACGCCGUGGUCAAUGCUGACAAUGCCAGUCUCAAAUCGAUGGACACAUCGCAGCUCUUAGACCUCUUUAACGCUGGCCCUCCUGCUGCCAGUGCUGGUGCUAAGCAGAAACCAGCAGACUCAUCUUCAGAUGCAGCUGUGGCAGCAGCUGGAGGAGGGAAGGGACUGAAAGCUGUGCUUACUGGCUUGGAAGAUCUCUGGGAUGAGUCGCAGUACGCAGAGGAGUACAACCUGGAUAACUUCCUGAAACGCAUUUAG